AAUGCAAUUGCUUUUGUAAAACUAAAAUCAAGAUUUCUGAAGACCCUUCUUAUCCUCUGUUGCUUUUUUUCUUGAAGGUACUCUCCCAGGCAGCAGUCACCAACUAUGACCCCUUGGGUUUCGAGGCUGCUUCCUAGGAAUGUCCGUUCCUUCACUACAUCAUCAGAGAACCAGCGAGCUGAGGAUUUCCAUCGGCACCAUGAGGGCUAUAGGUACUUCUUGCCCAUCCAGACGAGGUGGCAGGACAAUGACCAGUACGGCCAUGUGAACAAUGCUGUGUACUACAGCUACUUUGACACGAUUAUCAACCAGUACCUGAUCAGGUAUUGUGGCCUGAAAACGGGCUUGCUGACAUCCCCCAUGGUGGGGUUCAUGGUGACCAACCAGUGCACCUUCCACACACCGGUCGGCUUUCCUCAGAUCCCAGUGGCUGCACUGGCCGUGGAGAAAGUUGGUCACUCCAGCGUGCAUUACCGCCUUGCUCUGUUUCCCCCCAAGCCUGCCAAGGAGCUGCCUUCUGUCAAUCACCGGGACCUCAGUGAUGGCUUUUUCUUCGGCCACCCCAAGCUGGCACACUUUGCCGCUUUGGCCUGUACCACCGGGUCUUCAGUCCAUGUCUUUGUGAAUCCAGCCACCAGCAAGCCGGUGGGCCUUCCCGAAGACUUCCGGCAGGGUCUCCUGCGGCUGAUGCACCCGGCUCCACUGUGAAUGUACGGGAAUCGCGUCUGCCGGAAAAUAAAGU